UACCAAAAAUAUAUGUUAUCAAUAUACAAAUACAACUACUACCACUCUCUCUCUCUCUCUCUCUCUCUCUCUCUCUCUCUCUUAGUAGUCAUGGAAAAUCAACACCGCCGUGAAUUCACAUUCCUACGCUCCCGCGACUUUCUCCGCCACAGCAAUUCCGGUGGCUCCGAUCGCACAGGCAGUCAUGAGAAUUCCAUGGACCAAAGCCAGCCGAUGAUCAAAGAAAUGGAUUUCUUUUCGGGUACUAGUACCACUAAAACCAAUAACCACCGCCCACACGAUGAUAAGCAGCACCAUGACAGGAAGAUUAACGGGUCAUCAACUGAUCAUCAAGUAUCCGAUCCGGGUGUCAACACCGGAUUGCAUCUGCAUACUGUAAAUUCUGGGAUGUCAAGAUCAGAAAAUGAAGAAAAACCCAAUACGGAGCUGAUUACACUUCGAGAGGAGUUGGACAGACUGCACCAAGAUAAUCGGAAACUGAGAAGCAUGUUGGAUCAGAUCACCAAAAAUUACAGCGAACUGCAAGGUCAACUGCUCAUGGCAAUGCAAAAGCAGGCGCAACAGAAUCGUCAAGAACAGAAGGUUGUACCAAAUGGCAUGUCAAGACACAUGGUGUCGGCACAACAGUUAACAGACCCACGACCUUCAGCUGCAUUAGAUGUCAAUAAUAAUCCUUCCGCUUCUGAUGAUAAGACACAAGAACUGUCAGCGUCUUUGUCAAACACUAUGGAGGUGAUGUCCGUGGAACGUAGCGGUCAUAUGAAUAAAGUUCCUGGGAAGCAGACUUCUACUGAAGAUGGUCUUGAUCAGUCCUUUCGGAACUUGGGGUCUACUAAAAGUCCCAAGUUAGAUGAAACAAAAGACGAAGAACAAGUUCCAGAGCUGGUUCCGUUUAGGAAGGCGAGGGUGUCCGUACGAGCCAGAUCAGAAGCUCCUUUGAUUGGUGAUGGAUGUCAAUGGAGGAAAUAUGGUCAAAAAAUGGCCAAGGGUAACCCUUGUCCACGCGCCUACUAUCGCUGCACUAUGGCUGUUGGAUGCCCAGUUCGUAAACAGGUGCAAAGAUGUGUGGAGGAUAAGAGCAUUCUCACAACAACUUAUGAAGGUAAUCACAAUCACCCUCUCCCUCCAGCGGCGACAGCAAUGGCAAAUACAACAUCAGCAGCAGCGGCCAUGCUCCUGUCAGGUUCAACUAGUAGCAAGGAGGCACUAGCAAAUUCAGGCUUCUACGCAUCUAGCAUGGCAACCCUAUCAGCCUCUGCGCCAUUUCCCACCAUCACCCUCGACUUGACACAGAGCCCCAACCCCAUGUCGCCGUUCCACCGUAUACCACCUUCCUCGGCAACAAUAUUCCCUCUGCCUUUGCAUGGUUUUCCACACCUCCUUGGCCAUCCAGUCUACUUCCCUUCUAAGCCAGCACUGGAUCAACUAGGUCAACACCAGACUUCCAUGGUCCACACACUUAGUGCAGCCAUUGCUGCUGACCCAAAUUUCACUGCAGCCCUAGCUGCAGCUGUCUCAACAAUUAUAGGAGCACCAGGCCGGACCAAUGAUGGAAACAAUAAUAUUGGGGCAAGUACAAAUCAAGGAUUGCCUGGAUCCCCACAGCUUCCUCAAUCCUGCACCACAUUUUCCACCAACUAAUUAACCAGCUGGCUUAAUUUGAGAGAAGGAACCCAUGCAUGAAUGUUUAUAGCUUAAAUUGAUAUGGCUACUACUAGCUAGUUCGAUCUUGUACUUGUACAGGAAGAUGAGAUAAUUUCCACGUUAUUAUGAGGAGGCAAGCUAGCUUGGAUGCGCGUUUCGAUUUGUUUCCAGCCACAUUGAUCAAGGUACUUGGGGCUUAAUUAGAGACAAAUUUAUAUGCACAUAUCAAAGCCACAAAGCAAAUGGAAAGAAAAGAACAGAAGAUCCAUAUAUCUAAUACUUCUAUAUAUCAAUGGAGGUAAAUAUUACUAUUGGCACUCAUUGCUUAAUGUACGUGGUUAGGUGUGGGAAAGCUUGGAGUGGGGUUUAAGAUAUAUAUAUAUAUAUAUAUAUAUAUAUAUAUAUAUAUAUAUAUAUAUAUAUAUAUAUAUAUAUGUUAGGAGUCAAUAGUCAUAUGUAAGGGAUAUAUAUAUCUAAUGGAGAGUUUUUUUUUUUUUUUUGGUUGCUUUUCUAUCUUGUGGAUUUUCUGGUGGUGACGCUAAUGAGAUUAAUUUGAUACGGUGA